UCGAUACUGCGCACACGCGACAGGCGUCAUCCAUCGAAAUAGAUUUUAUUUAUUGAGCACAGUUUUCACAUGAAAUAGGUUAGAGACUAGUGCAUUUCGAGUGAGAAUGGGCGUGCCAAUGGUGAAGACGUGUUGUUAUUGUGGUAGUCUACACAUUGGUACACUUAUCAUUGGCUAUUUUUAUUCAUUUUGGGCCUUGCUAGAGUUAGCAGCGUACUCGUUGCUGGUGACACUAGCACCAUUAAGUGAAAAUGGUGUAGUGUCAAUUCACAAAUACGUGCUGUACAUCGUAGCGGCCGUUGUUAACGGAAUUCAAUUUCUGUUUUCUGUUCUGCUGGUCGUUGCCGCAUAUAAGAAACUGUCGUACCUGACCCUCCCGUGGACUAUUUUGACGGGCAUCCUUACAGCGCUCGUGUUUAUGAUCAGCCUCACAGGCUUGAGCCUCAUCCUACAAGACACCGGCGAGUUGCUAGAGAUAGAGACCGCUGUCAUCGCCGUGCAUUUCGCCAGGGCAUGUAUAUCGGUGUACUGCAUAAUAGUCGUGCACAGCAGACACAAGCAAAUCAUGCUGGAGAAAGACGAGGAACGUUUCCUGAAUUCUGGACGUGUCUAUAAACCUAUCAAGACCUCGGAAGAUAACAAUUAGAACGUUCUUGACCACGAUACAUUGACUAAAUCAAUCUCCAUUAAUGGUGUCGAUUGGUGUCUAAUACAAUGUAUUAUAGUAAAUAUAUUAUUGUAGUAAUGUUAUGCCAAAAUAUUGGCAAUAACUAUGUAUAUACAAGGUAUUUCUACGUUUAAUGUAUGUACGAAGGUCAAUUUUUCAUGCUUUCUUGCAUAUUCCACAGCCCAUGGUUAUGUCUUUUAUAGCUUUAUAAUGCAAAGACUGACAAUAUAGCUUUUAAUAGGCUUUCGCCAUUUUGUGAAGACUUGAAGUAGGUACUUAUUAAUUUAGAUAUUCUGCUUCAACCAUGAAUGCGGGACUGAAAAGUAACGUUACAGCUUUUACUUAUAAAGUCUGUUACAAUGGUAAUCUACCAAAGCUAUAAUAUAUCUUCCUAAAGUUAAUGUAAAGGUAUGCAUGUAUUUAAUGUGCUAUAAUAUUAUGUUGUUUUGUUUUAUAAUUU